UCGCUUGCCCUGGAGGCAUGGUGGAGCUAUGACGAAGUUUCGCGACUGCCAUUCACGUAAACCAAACUUCGACGUAAACAGUCGCGUGCUCUCUCGUAAGCUUAGACGAAUAUCGAUUGCAGUAUGCACCCCGCAAUGCACUCUCUGAUACAUAUUUACAGCACGCCAUGGCGCCUUCCAGAGCAUUUCUCAUUCGCCGCAUAGCCUCUGCAUCCGUGCAACCCCAGAUUCGUAUGCGCGCCGGCGCGCAACUCCUCUCGACCGCAGCAGCAAUAGUUAGGCCUCAGUGCAUACGCGCGACCGCCUUGACACGGUUCCAGGCCACACAUGGCGCGACUCGAGCAUACAGUACGCAAGCAAGUGGUAUGCCAGAGCCACCAGACUUCCUGAAUGAUGCAGAGCUACAUAUCUUCAACAAGAUAAGGGGGGAGCUGGAACCUACUAAGCUUGAGGUUCAAGACAUCAGUGGCGGCUGCGGUUCCAUGUAUGCAAUUGAAAUCGAGUCGCCUAGGUUCAAGGGAUUGACUGUAAUCAAGCAGCACAAGUUGGUCAACCAGGUGCUGAAGGAAGAAAUUGCUCAGUGGCAUGGUGUUCAAUUGCGAACACGAGCGGCGUAGCAGAAUUUUGCGUUUGGAUUACAUGUAUACAUAUUGUAGGACUACUUAGAUAGCAAUCACUCUGUCAAGAACAACUCAAGUGCUGAGUAUUGUACUUUGGUUUGUUCUUUUGGUUCGCACGUGGCAGCCAAGUAUCGAUUCGCAAUAAAAUAAUGAUAACCUCA